AUGUGUGGAAUUAUUGCUCAGAUCCUGGCCAACCCCUCUGGCGCGGCUGCUGUGGACCUCCAUGAGGCUCUUUAUCUACUGCAACAUCGUGGGCAAGAUGCAGCUGGAAUUGCAACUUGUGCGUCUGGCGGUAGGAUCUACCAAUUGAAGGCCAACGGCAUGGCAGCUAAGGUCUUCCAUGAUGGUGCCAAAGUAGCCAAUCUCCCUGGAUCUAUGGGAAUUGGCCAUCUUCGUUAUCCUACCGCUGGAAGCAGUGCCAACGCUGAGGCCCAGCCGUUCUAUGUCAACAGCCCCUACGGUAUUUGCUUGGCGCACAACGGCAACCUCAUCAAUGCGCCAGAACUUAAGCGCUACCUUGACCUGGAGGCUCACCGUCACAUCAACACCGAUAGUGACAGUGAGUUGAUGCUCAACAUCUUUGCGGACGAGCUGAGCGAGACCAAGAAGGCUCGUGUCAACAAAGAGGAUGUCUUCUCCUCUCUGACCCGCAUGUACGAGCGCUGUGAAGGUGGCUGGGCAUGCACUGCCAUGCUUGCUGGGUUUGGCAUCCUUGGCUUCCGUGACAGCUACGGCAUUCGCCCUCUGGUGCUGGGCUCUCGUCCCUCUCUUGACGGCGAAGGCACCGAUUACAUGAUGGCUUCAGAGUCCGUUGCCCUGGACCAACUCGGAUUUUCCAAUCACCGGGAUAUCCAGCCUGGUGAAGCCGUCAUCAUCGAGAAGGGAGGUGAGCCUGUCUUCCGCCAGGUCGCACCCAAGCGCGAUUAUGCCCCUGACAUCUUCGAGUAUGUCUACUUUGCCCGCCCUGACUCCGUCAUCGACGGUAUCAGCGUGUACCGCAGCCGGCAGCGCAUGGGCGACAAGCUUGGUGCCCGCAUUCUCGAUGUCUUGGGCCCCGAAGCUGUCAAGGAGAUUGACGUUGUCAUCCCUGUGCCCGAAACGUCAACGACCUCCGCUACUCACGUCGCUCAGUAUCUGGACAAGCCAUAUUGCCAGGGAUUCGUGAAGAAUCGCUACGUCUUCCGCACAUUUAUCAUGCCAGAGCAGAAGACCCGGCAAAAGGGAGUCCGCCGGAAAUUAAAUGCCAUGAAACAGGAGUUCAAGGACCGCAAUGUUCUGCUGGUUGAUGACAGCAUCGUUCGUGGAACCACAAGUCGUGAAAUCAUCAAUAUGGCUCGAGAGGCUGGCGCCAAGAAGGUCUAUCUAGCCAGUUGUGCCCCCGAAAUCACACAUGCUCACAUUUACGGUAUCGAUCUUGCUUCCCCGCAGGAGCUGGUGGCUCACAACCGCGAUUCUGCCAGCAUCGCCCGCCACAUCGGUGCCGAAAGUGUCAUCUUCCAGACUCUCGAUGACUUGAAAGAGUCGUGCGCUGAGAUUGCCCGGGAGAAUGGCCAAACUGAGCCUGUCAAUUUCGAGGUCGGCGUGUUCUGUGGUCGCUACGUGACACCUGUGCGCCAGGGCUACUUCGAGCACCUCGAGCAGUUACGUGGUGAAGGUCGCAAGAUCAAGGCUGUGGACAAGGCUAAGGAGGCCGUUGCUCAUGGCACAGCGAGCAUGGCUGACUUUCAAAUUGCUGCGCAUGGUGUAGUCAUGGACACCAACGGCAAGAUUAUUCCCGCCGAAUCUCCCGAACCGAUCGCGAAGUCGUCUCCGAACGAGGCCCCCCACAAGGUCGAUGAUCGCAUGGACAUCAGCAUCCACAACAUCGGCGAUCAUCCUUGA